CAGCUGAACGCUGUGACAGCCGUACACCCCAAGGCCUCCAAGAUGAGCUACACAUUAGACUCGCUGGGCAACCCGUCCGCCUACCGGCGGGUAACCGAGACCCGCUCGAGCUUCAGCCGGGUCAGCGGCUCCCCGUCCAGCGGCUUCCGCUCGCAGUCGUGGUCCCGCAGCUCGCCCAGCACCGUGUCCUCCUCCUACAAGCGCAGCGCGCUUGGCCCUCGCCUCGCCUACAGUUCGGCUAUGCUCAGCUCCGCCGAGAGCAGCCUCGACUUCAGUCAGUCCUCGUCCCUGCUCAACGGCGGCUCCGGCCCGGGCGGCGACUACAAGCUGUCCCGCUCCAACGAGAAGGAGCAGUUGCAGGGGCUGAACGAUCGCUUCGCGGGCUACAUCGAGAAAGUGCACUACUUGGAGCAGCAGAACAAGGAAAUCGAGGCGGAGAUCCAGGCGCUGCGGCAGAAGCAGGCAUCGCAAGCUCAACUGAGUGACGCGUACGACCAGGAGAUCCGUGAGCUGCGCACCACACUCGAGAUGGUGAACCACGAGAAAGCUCAGGUCCAGCUAGACUCCGACCACCUGGAGGAAGACAUCCACCGGCUCAAGGAACGCUUCGAGGAGGAGGCGCGGAUGCGCGACGACACCGAGGCGGCCAUCCGCGCGCUGCGCAAAGACAUCGAAGAGGCAUCGCUGGUCAAGGUGGAGCUGGACAAGAAGGUGCAGUCGCUGCAGGACGAAGUGGCCUUCCUGCGGAGCAAUCACGAGGAAGAGGUGGCCGAUCUGCUGGCCCAGAUCCAGGCGUCUCACAUCACGGUGGAGCGCAAAGACUACCUGAAGACAGACAUCUCCUCGGCGCUGAAAGAGAUUCGCUCCCAGCUCGAGUGCCACUCCGACCAGAACAUGCACCAGGCCGAAGAGUGGUUUAAGUGCCGCUACGCCAAGCUCACAGAGGCGGCCGAGCAGAACAAGGAGGCCAUCCGCUCCGCCAAGGAAGAGAUCGCCGAGUACCGGCGCCAGUUGCAGUCCAAGAGCAUUGAACUCGAGUCAGUGCGUGGCACCAAGGAGUCCCUAGAGCGGCAGCUCAGCGACAUCGAGGAGCGCCACAACCACGACCUCAGUAGCUACCAGGACACCAUCCAGCAACUGGAAAACGAACUUCGGGGUACCAAGUGGGAAAUGGCUCGUCAUUUGCGAGAAUACCAGGAUCUCCUCAACGUCAAGAUGGCUCUGGAUAUCGAAAUCGCUGCGUACAGAAAACUCCUGGAGGGUGAAGAGACCAGAUUUAGCACAUUUUCAGGAAGUAUCACUGGGCCUCUCUAUACACACCGACAGCCCUCAGUCACAAUAUCCAGUAAGAUUCAGAAAGCCAAGGUAGAGGCUCCUAAGCUAAAGGUCCAACACAAGUUUGUGGAGGAGAUCAUAGAAGAAACCAAAGUAGAAGAUGAGAAGUCAGAAAUGGAAGAUGCCUUGGCCGCCAUCGCAGAGGAGCUCUCGGCCGUUUCCAUGAAGGAGGAGACGAAGGAAGAAGAGGAAGAAGAAAAGGAAGAGGAAGAAGAAGCCGAAGAAGAAAUUGUAGCUACCAAAAAAUCUCCUGUGAAAGCUGCAGCACCUGAAGAAGGGGAAAAGGAGGAAGAAGGCCAAGAGGAAGAGGAGGAGGAGGAGGAAGAGGAAGAGGAGGGUGCAAAAUCAGACCAAGCAGAGGAAGGAGGAUCCGAGAAGGAAGGUUCUAGUGAAAAAGAGGAAGGUGAGCAGGAAGAAGAAGGGGAAACAGAGGCUGAAGGUGAAGGAGAGGAAACCGAAGCUAAGGAGGAAAAGAAAGCAGAGGAAAAAAGUGGAGAAGUGAGUCCCAAGGAGGAGUCUGUGGCAGAAACCAAGGUGGAAAAGUCAGAGAAAGUGAAGUCACCGGUGGCAAAAUCACCAGUGGCCAAAUCACCAGUGGCCAAAUCACCAGUGGCCAAAUCCCCAGUGGCCAAAUCGCCAGUGGCCAAAUCGCCAGUGGAAGAGUCAAAGCCAAAGGCAGAAGCUGCACCUGUGAAAGGUGAACAGAAAGAGGAAGAAGAGAAAGUGGAGGAAGAAAAGAAAGAAGCAAAGGAAGUUCGCAAAGAAGAGAAGGAAGAGAAAAAGGAGGAGAAGCCAAGGGACAUGUUGGAAAAGAAGAAAGCUGACUCGCCGGUCAAGGAGGUUGUGGAGGAGGUAGUCACGGUCACCAAGUCGGUAAAGGUGAGCUUAGAAAAAGAUGCCAAAGAGGAGGCAAAGCCACAGCAGCAGGAGAAAGAGAAGGAGAAAGCGGAAGAGGAAGGAGGGAGUGAGGAGGAAGGCAGUGAUCAAGGGUCCAAGGAUUCCACAAAGGAAGACAUAGCAGUUAAUGGGGAGGUGGAAGGGAAGGAGGAGGACGAGCAGGAAACGAAGGAGAAAGGCAGUGGGGGAGAAGAGGAGAAAGGGGUCAUCACCAAUGGGCUAGACCUGAGCCCAGCGGAUGAGAAGAAAGGGGAUGACAGAAGUGAGGAAAAAGUGGUGGUGACCAAAAAGGUAGAAAAAAUCACCAGCGAGGGGGGAGAUGGUGCUACCAAAUACAUCACUAAGUCUGUAACCGUCACUCAAAAGGUCGAAGAGCAUGAAGAGACCUUUGAGGAGAAACUAGUGUCUACUAAAAAAGUAGAGAAGGUCACUUCACACGCCAUAGUAAAGGAAGUCACACAGAGUGACUAAUAUUUGAGUCCAUUGCAAAAGGUUAAGCCAUAUGACAAUUUCAAAAUGCAUGUGAUUGACAGCUUCAAAACAGAACGGGUUCUCCCAUGGGGGCUCCAGACACUGUAUUUUACUUUGUGCAAUAUGAGGGAAAUGCAUGCAAGCUCAGGGUGCUCUCUCCUCAGUCUUUGGGGGAUUCAAAUGCAUGAUAUUGUAUGUACCCGGGGAAUUGAUCGAUUUCCUAAACUGUUGGAAGGGGGGCACUCAGGGGGAUGUCUUGAGAUGUAUUAUGCAAAGAACCAACUGAGCCAAAAAUAAUAAAUGAAACACAGAACUCUCUUAGCCUUAAGAAAGCUAUAUAUAGUAAUUAUGUUUACCUCACUGGUGCAUUAAAAAUGGACUUUUGUUCAUGGGAGAACCUCGUCGACACGCACAGUUUGCAAACUUUCAUUGAUGGAUGUUUAACGUCACAGCAGUAAUUGCUCAAUAAAGGUCAUAACGGAAAUAUA